AUGUUUCGCGUCGGAGCGCUGGCUCCCUUCUUGCAGCUGCUGCUGCUACUGCCACCGCCCCCGCUUCCCAGGCGCUACUCCAGCGCCGCCCCCGCUCCUUCACCUCCAGCCCGGCCAGCGCCCAGGCAGAGUCUCCACCCAUGCCUGCAAGCUCUCCUUUUUCCCUCUCGCGGGCCUCACCAGAGCUCCAAUUUAACACUGACCCCUCACCGAGAAUCCUAUUUGGGGUUCCCUUUAGGCCCGGCCCCAGAGCCUGACCGUAGCCCUGAUCCUGUGGCCUCCUCAGGUCGGGGCUCCAAAUGGGACCUGGCUCUAGGCCUUCAGUUAGCCCCUAUGCCCAGGCUAGGCUCAGGUUGCAAGGGUGCCCUAUUCCCUUACCAGGUUCCCCAAUUAAAACCCAAAUCAGGUUCCAGCUCCAUUCCUGGGAGGCCUGCCGAGGCUGCCUUGCUUCACAUCCUUAGUGCAAGCUCCCCUCCCCUGUCCCAGAGGCUCUCUGGAGCCCUCCACCUCUCCUGGCGUCUCCAGUCCAUAGGAUCCAGGCUAACCUUUAGGCUGUAUCAGCCCCGGGAAUGUGGCCUCUGCCAGGUCUGGAAAGUGACCUGCAAUGCUUAUCUUGAGGCUCGUGGCAUUUCCUGCAUCCCUGGCAAUACUCGUGGCCGAGGGACCCCCAGCUGGACACUGGCCCACCUUGUCUUGCCAGGCCGGGGCUGGGACUGGAGGGCCUGCCGGGUCAUUGGUCAGUCCAUGGAGGGAGACCUCCACCUAGUCAAUAGCACCCUGGGCAUCCGAGUGAGGGGCAGCGCUCUGAGCCUGAAUCUCCGACAGGCCCAGACAGGCUCCUAUGGCCCUGGCAUCUAUUACUCCAGGGCACCCCCAGGCAGGGGUAGUGCCCAGAAGGCCCAGAGCCAUCUCUUUUUCUAUCAGCAGCAGGGCCUGUCCUGGCUGUUUGCCUUGGAUUUUCUUGGGAGUCGCUGUGACCGCCUGAGUGUGCACCUCUAUCUCAGCCCCAAAGGGGCAGCCUUCUUUGGGACCAGGCCCAACAAAGACCUGGAAGUCCACUUCUUCAACAUCACCCCCUUGGGGCCCCGUGGACUCAUCUACCUCGUGUGGUUCAUCCCUUUACAGCAUCCUCUCCUGCACCUCCAGUGGACUUUUCACCUCCAGUUUCCUGGGGCCAGCCUCAGGCACAACCGGACAUACACUUAUCAGGACCGGCUCCCCAGCGCCUCCCGCUUCAUUCCUCGUUCUGUCUUGCCGUUUCACCCUGAUGCCUAUGCAGGCUUCGCAGAGAAAGCACACUGCCCCACCAGCAGUCUGGAGCCAGCCGUCUUAGAAGCCUCCCUGGACACGUAUGGUUCCAAAGUGCUGAAGUCACCAGUGGCCUGUGUCCAGAACCCCUGUUUCAUCCACGAGGUGAGAAUCAAGGAAGGUCCCAGUUUAACAAUGAGUGGGAGGUAUCCCCUUACCCUAAAUACUGCCGUGAAGGUCAACUGUAGCAUCCCCCACAACGUGACUCGAGACUGGAAUUUCUACCCCAUUCUUAAUGUAAACACCACUCCAGACUGGAACAGGCCCUUGAGGACCUGGUGGAUUAGGCAAAUGAAGCGCUUUUCCUUCUUCCAAAUUCCUGAGCGAGUCUUGCCCCAGGGACUGUAUCUCGUGAAUUUCUCCGUGACAGUCACCACUGCAGAGAAGGAGAUGAAAGCCUCGGAUUUUCUCUUUCUUUCCAUUUCUAAAAGCCAGCUGGUAGCCGUCAUUGGGGGAGGCUACAACCGGAGGGUGGCUUUCAAUGAGAGCUGGACUUUGGAUGGGUCAGCUUCCUCAGACCCUGAUUCCCAUGACCUUUCCCAGGGUCUGGACUACAGGUGGUACUGCACCACCAACAGGUCCCACUUUGAGUCUGUGAUUGUGCCCGACUCCACCAGAGACACCUGCCUUCCCUGGCUGCCAGACUUGAGGUGGAUUCAGGAAUCUGGCCCUGUGCAUACCGUCUUACCAGGAACACUCAGAGGCAACCAGGUGUAUUAUUUCCGCCUGGUGGUUCAGAAGGAUGACAGGAAAUCAUUUAAUGAUCAAAGGAUCACUGUGACUGCUGGCCCCCCACCUGCCAUGAGCUUUUCAUGCAUUGAAAAUUGUGAAAAUAACUUAAUUAUAACAGAUCGAUUUUCCUUGUCUGGAAAGUGCACAGACUGCGGGUCAGCUCCUGUCGACUAUCUCUGGUCACUCUUGUCCAUCUUAGGACACGAGAUCCCAUUUGAUUGGGCCCAUAAGACCAGCACUGGGAGAGCCAACCCUUACUUGUCAAUCAAAGCUUCUGCUUUUAAGGGUUUUCGAGACCAGUUCUGCUUCAUUUCUCUAAGGGUGUCAAACUGGGGUGGAGGGUUCUCAGUUUCUAACCAUUCCUUUUAUAUUAAUUCUCCUCCCCAUGUUGGUCAGUGCAGCAUUCACCCUGACAAAGGCACAGCCCUAGUGACCAAAUUUGUCGUCCAGUGUAGCGACUUUAGAGACUAUAAUUUACCUCUCAGUUUUAAAAUCAUAGCUUCAAAUUUCUGGGAUGUGGACGACAUCAGUUCUUUAGAUCACAAUACUCUGGGGGCUGUGAUGUACCUUGGGGCUCAGCCUGUGACUCCUCCUUCUUUUCUUCCUAUUGGGAUGCCAGCUAAUAACUACUUGGUGAUCAUAUAUGCUCAGGUCUAUGAUUCUCUGGGCACCUUCUCCCAAGUGACUCUGUAUGCCACUGUGAAUUCUCCCCUGGACAGAGACUCACCCAAUACUGUCUUGGGUCACCUGUUCAGCCUCACUCAGAACUCAUCUGGUGCAAUGCUGACCACUCUGUUUCAACAGGGGGACUUUGUCCAAGCAGGCUAUCUUGCCUUUCUGGUGGCUUCUGUUUUAAAGGAUGUGAAGCCUCUGCCCGAGUUACAAACAAACCGCUCUGAGUUACAAGAACGCCUCAUCAACUUUUGCAACCGCCUGCCCACCAACACCCUGGUGGAAAUUAAUCAAGUGACGGUGACCAUUCUGGAACUCACCCAGGAAGGUUCUGGCUUGACUGCAGGUGUCCAGAAAGCAGCCACCAGCAGGCUAAUGGAAAUGAACCUGGCACUGCAGAGUUACAGGCAAAGGGAAAAAAAAUUCCAUUCUGAACAAAUAGAAAUUGUGAGUACUGGCAUCUCAACCAGUUUGUCUAAUAUCUUCAAGACCGGUACUCACAAGGAUACAGUUACUGAGACUCUCUAUGUCACAGAACUGCUGGCAGAUACAGUUUCAUCCAUUAAAGUACCUGGGGAGGUGGAGACAGUUAUAUCAACCCCAAACUUCAAAAUGCAUGUCAACAAAGAUGAAAAGCAAAAUGUCACUGAGGCUUUCUUGGCCAAGAAAGACUGCCAAAAUUGUUUUUACCCAACGCUGAGAAAAAGUAACGUCACUGACGUGGCACUGAGAGAAGGUCCCAUUUCCACUGCGUUCUAUGAGUUUAAGGGUGAUCCCUUCCCUUGGCUGAGCCAAGAAGAAAGCCCUUCUGUAGAUGUGGUCGGGUUCCGGAUGAGGGAGACCAAAGAGAAUGGGGACGUCUUUGAGGUCGAACCAGAGGUAGUGGAAGCAUUUAUCCUUAGAAAAAACCUGAAGGAAGCUGUCUUUAAUCUCACUGUGGGACCAGAUAAAGACCUCCUCAAAAUGACUACAGGAGUCUUUAAUUUUGUGGUGAAUGGAGGCUACAAGGAGGUAUUCAUCCACAUCAUCACGGAAGUGAAAGUCCUGUUCAAGGUUUUGAUCUACGUGGGCAACAAUAUCACCCAUACGCUCCCCAUCGCCUCUUUCUUAGCGCCCCCUGACAUGUCGCCGGUGGCCAAUGAGAGCGCUCUGUUUGAUUCCGCCUGCAAAGUCAAGGUCCCUUACCUCAUCUGCCUCAGUGAGUCUCUGCUGCAGGCCACCGCCCGAGGCAGCGUCUCUGCCAAGUGGCACAUCUCCGUGGUCUUGCAAUCCCCCUAUAUCGUCAUGAAGCCCAAUGACAAACUAGUGAGGAUUUCCAUUUUCACGGCACAGUGUCUGAACAUGGAUGGCGUUCAACAAGAGUGGGGAAAGGAGGACUGCGCAGUGGGGGACGGGAGCAGCUGGUGGCGCGUGCACUGCAUCUGUCACCUCAAGCCCGAGCCCAUCAAGGAGACCAAGCCUAGCGAGCCCUGGCUCCACGGUUCCAGGAUCAAAUACCUGACUGCCCGCAUGGUGGUGAUCCCCAACAGCAUUGACCUGCGCAUGGACAUUAUCCGGACCCUCCCCCAAAACCCGGUGAGCCUCUUCACCGUGAUCUUCAUCAUUUUCACCUACUUGGUCCUGGCUUUCUGGGCGAUGCACAAAGAUGAAACGGACAAGUUUCUCCGCGAACACGUGAUCGUCCUGCCUGACAACGACCCUUACGAUCACAUUUGCUACCUGGUCACCUUCUACACGGGGAGCCGCCUGGGCGCCGGCACUCGGGCCGACGUCUUUCUCCAGCUCCUGGGGACAGAGGCGAACAGCGACGUGCACUGCCUGAGUCAUCCCGACUUCACCACCUUCUACAGGGGCAGCACCGACACCUUCCUCCUGACCACCCGAAGUGACCUGGGGAGCAUCCGGGCCAUCCGGGUGUGGCACAACAACGAAGGCAGCCGUCCCAGCUGGUACCUGAGCAGAGUCAAGGUGGAAAACAUCUUCAACCGGCACAUCUGGCUCUUCCUCUGCCGCUCGUGGCUGUCGGUGGAUGCGCUGGAGCAGGCCUUCGAGGUGGCGGACAAGACGCAGCCCCUCAGCAGGAAGGACUACUUCCUCAUCCACGCCUCGGACCUGCUCGGCACCAGCCACCUCUGGCUGUCCGUCUUCGCUAGCGUGGUCACUGGGCCCUUCAACCGGCUGCAGCGGCUGUCCUGCUGUCUGACUAUACUACUGAGCACGCUGCUCUGCAACAUCAUGUUUUUCAACAGGGACGAGGAGGGAGAGGUCAUGCCUGUGGAGCUGAAGCACCUGCGGGGGCUGAUGAGAGGCAUCGAGAGCGCCCUGGUCUGCGAGCCGCUGCGGAUGGCGUUAAGUGCUCUCUUUACCUACUCCCAGAAGGAAGUCGCUGCGGUGCCUACCGCCCACGUGGCUCCUCGCCUUCACCCCCUCAUGAAGUCGGACUUCCGAAACUGGAAGGAGCGCCUGGAGAUGUGGUACUACCGUGAGACGGCCCUCCCGCAGACUCGGGGCCAGGGCGCCCCCACAAAAAAGCAGGCCCCGGGGAACAACUUGAUGCUUCCUGAGGCAGCAGCCAAUGCCAUCACAGAAACAAAGGGGAAGCCCCCCAACUCUGGCCUCCAGCCCACCGCAGCAGUUUCCGCAGAACAGAAAGCUGCCACCCCAAAGCCUGCUACUCCAGCGAGGGAGGCCACCGACAGAAAAGAUCAGACCUUCAGAGAGGCAGGGGGUGGAUCCUUGAGUUCAUCACCCUCCGAUGUAGGAGAACAGGGGUCAGAUAAAGACCGAAAAGUCGAGGGUCCAUCAAGCGAACCACCACGAGACAGGCACAAGCAAGUGAUGCUCUUUGAAGCCAGGCCUCACUUUGUCCUCCACCGGUGGUGCCUCUACGUGGCCUGGCUCCUGGUCAUUGGCAACGCAGGCGUGUCCUCCUUUUUCAUCAUCAUGUACGGACUGACAUACGGAUACCAGAAAUCCAUGCAAUGGCUGCUUGCCUCUGUGUACUCCCUGUGCCAGUCCAUAUUUGUGAUCCAGGUGGCCAAGAUCCUGCUCACAUCGGGCAUCAAGGCGAGCAGAGCCAAGUACUGUAAGAACAUCUCCUGGACAACGAGGUACCAUUACAUCGAGAUCCGACUGCAGGGUGUCAACUUGGAUGCUGAUGAAACAAGAGAACUGCACCAUGAGAUCGUCCGGGUCCGUGGCACAAGAAUGUACCAACCCUUGGUGGAAGACGAAAUCAGAAUAUUCCGAAGGAGGACGAGGAUUAAAAAGAGGGCCAUCGUGUUUCUGAGGAACAUUGUCAUCCACUUCGUCUUUCUCGCUCUCUUGUUGUGCAUCACCUCCCUUGCUAGGCACUCCCACAGCUUCCACCAUAACCAGGCUGUCAGGAGUCAGUUCUCCACUAACCUCGAAAAGGUCAGAGAACUGAAUGACACCUUCAAGUGGCUCACCACUGUGUUGCUGCCCUUGGUUCACAACAGGCAGCAUCCAACUUUUCUCUCUAACAGCUGGUCCAGGAUUCUUGGCUUGCCGAGGAUGCGACAAGUGAGGUCCAAGUCUAUCAGAAAGUCCUGCUUCCUCUCCGGUACUGCGGCCAAUAGGUUAAUGAAAAAGGGCAUCCGUUGUCAACACCAAUACAGCUGGCUCAUGGAGGAUCGGAAAAACUAUGGCAGAUUUUGGACCACCCCCGCUGACUCUUCUGUGGAUUCGAGGCUGGUCAGCUUUACCUACGAGCCAAAGCUCAACAAAUGGGCCUAUUAUUCCUAUGGCCUGUCUCACACCUAUGGAAUCGGGGGGUACCCGUUUUAUUUCUUCCCUAAUCAGCAGCAGUACAAUUCCACGAUAAGGCUGCAGGAACUUCAGGAGAGCCGGUGGCUCGAUGAAAGAACGUGGGCUGUGAUCCUGGAGCUGGCCACCUUUAAUUCGGAUGCCAGCUUAUUUUGUACCAUCUCUGUUGUAUUUGAAGUCUCCCCAUUGGGAGUCAUCAACCCCAGUUUGGCCAUCCACUCGUUCAGUCUGCCACUCUUCCAUGGGCGGAGUCAGCUUGAGCUGUAUCUGUACGGAGCUGCCACAGUGUUUCUGGUGGUGUACCUGGUCGAGGAAGUCAUCAUCAUCCACAAGGAAAAGAAGAACUAUGUCAGGAAUGGAUUCAAUGUCAUUAGCUUCGGCAUCAAGUCGAUGUUUCUCUUCCUAGUUUUGCUUCUCUACAUCCAAUUCAGGAUGGCCAAGAAAAUCCUUGCCUUUUACCUCAAGAACCCAGACAAUUUCAUCCCAUUUCAUGCCAUUUCUCACGUGGAUCAGGUCCUUCGCAUCGCUCUGGGCUUCCUAGUCUUCCUGACCAUUCUGAAGACGCUGAUGUAUUCUAGAUUCUUCUACGACGUGCGGCUGGCCCAGAGAGCCAUCCUGGCAGCCUUGCCAGGCAUCUUCCACAUGGCCUUCCUGGUAGGUGUGUACAUCUUUGUGUACGUUGUCUUUGGCUACCUUGUGUUUGGCCAGCAUCAGUGGCAUUAUAGCAGCAUCAUUCACUCUACCCAGACCAUCUUCUCCUACUGCGUUUCAGCCUUCGAAGACACAGCAUUUUUAAACAAGGAGGUCCUGGGGGGCCUGUUCCUGUCCUCAUUUAUGCUGGUGAUGAUUUGUGUCUUAAUCAACCUCUUUCAGGCUGUGAUUCUCUCUGCCUAUGAGGAGAUGAAGCAGCUCGUGUACGAGGAGCCAGCAGCAGAAGUGGAGGCAGCAACCUACCUCUUUCACAAAGUGAGGAAUCUCUUCCGCUUCCUCACAUGCCGGGCACCUGCCCAGGAGGAGCCUGCCUACUUCACUGACAUCCUCUAUGGCCAUCCAGAGAAUAAAAGCUACCAGUACUUGGGGCUUAAAACCAGAAACAUCAAUGGGAAGAGGAUGACUUAUGUGGUAGUGUAA